AUGGCUGGCAAAAUCUCUACGGUCAGCCAUUCAAUGCUGGACGUUUUACGAAAUGACAGAAUAACCAUCAACGUUGGUGGUUUUAGACAUAACACUUUUUUGACGACAUUAAAAAACAUACCCGAUACUCGUCUUUCGUGGAUUGCAGAAAACCACCCAAACAGCCCCGAUUACGACCCGGUACUGGGCGAAUACUUUUUCGACCGACACCCUCGUAUCUUUUCCGAGGUGUUGAAUUACUAUCGCAUCGGUAAACUGCACUGUCCGGUGGAUGUAUGUUCGGCGCUAUUUCAAGAGGAACUAUCUUACUGGGGAAUUAACGACCGUGACAUUGAGCCUUGCUGUUGGGUGUUGUACAAAAGGCAGAUCAAUACAGAAGAGACGCUAAAGACUUUUCAUCUCGACAGCGCCAGACGAUCAUCUGGGGAAGAAGCUAAACAAGUAGAGCGAAAGCGAACUAUUGUAAGCUUGUUCGGAUCGGAAACAGUUCUCAACAGAAAUUUGUGGGAAAGAUGGAGACGAUUUCGGCCAAAAGUGUGGUCUUUGUUGGACGACCCACGCUCUUCAAUAGCAGCUAAGGUAAACGAACUUCACUUAAAAGUAAUUCCGUAAAUCCACUCGUAUGAAAUAUAACAAAAAAACCAGAUUUUGUCUGAUAAAAGCAACAAGAUAACAGUCUGAUUCAAGGUACUGGGAAAUGACUGACCAAAAAAGCGUUUAUAUAUUUUCCAAGCUUUGAUUUAAACAAGGGGGUCACUGAGAAUUGACUCAGAAAAGUGGACAUUCGUUGCUAAAAUUUGUUAGACAAAGCCGACUUAUUACCCAGUAAAAGGCGUAGAGCAUUAACAGAUCACUCGAGCGCUGGGAUAAAUUGUUUGUAACAUUUAAUCAGGCCACAUAUUUUUUUAUACACAUCGUUCUUGCGUCCACCUGCAUCCAGUGAAUUCGCUCAUUCAUACGUGUAAAAAAAAUAUGCGGUUUCAAAAAUGUCCGGACUCGCGUAGACAGGGCCCGUAAGGCCAUUGUUAUUCGAUAAAAAUGAGAUUUGAUCAUGCCUUUCGGAACUCACUAAACCUUAUUUCGUGUUUCAACUUUGACCGUUUCGGAUAAUAAAUGUUUUGUUUACACUUUAUAACCAUUUUAUCGAGAAAAAUAAUUCUUUCUAUACGUGAUGUUGUGGGACAUUAGUACAAAAGCAUCAAUCAAAUAUUGACUCGGCGCGAUUAUUAUUUUGGGCAAUGCCUUUAGGCGCUAUUUUACGUAUUUAUCUGAAACUAUGGAAAGGGCGGGUAAAUAAUGUGUUAUUUGUGUUUCAUACUGUUGCUGCUCACAAAUUCGAUUGCUUCAAUGAAAAAAACAACAUAGCUAUCUCGACUCCACCCUCCUAAAUACUAUGUUCGGGUCUAUUUUUUCUCUCCCGUCGUAAACAAAAAUGCGUAUUUUCAUAUUCCCCCCGUCCAUUUUUUUUUUUGUUCUUAAACAAAAUUACACGAAAUCUAAGCAGGUGAUUUUCUUCAAAAGAUCACCGAUCACCUGACAAUUUUAACCUUCUAUUGAAACUGCUCUCAUUGUUCGUUGAUUGUCAGUUACGGAAGCGUCUUUUACAAAAUCAAAAGUCAAACUGAUUGGUAUUAUAAUUAAAACCGUGAAUUCUGGCAUAUUUGAUUCACCCUUUUUAAGGCCUUUAACACCACAAUAUUAACACGCUACUUACAUUUUGAAUGGAACAACGUCGCCCAAUCGAUAACCAAGCAUCAGGUAAACCAAGUCCUCUUUCUAAACGGACCAAAAACAACAAACGUACAAAGGCAACUUCUUAGUACCAAAACGCUGACUUGAAAAAUAACAAUUGGGAGAGUUAGACUAUUGAAUUCAGUCGAGUUACAACUCGAGCAUGCUUUCUCAAAUAAUCUUUUACGGCAUUCUUUGACAAAAGUUAUGACAAUUUCUUUGUACUGCGCCUGUUUAAAAUUGGGGAAAUGCAAUGUUUUGAACUGAACAUAAGUCUGAGCUAUUCUUAGGCUCAAAGUCUUACAGUGAAAGGUUUUUACAAUAACACUGAGAGUAAGAUUUUCUCUUACAGGUUUUCAUUGGCUUAACAAGUCUCUUUAUCAUGAUUUCCGUCACGCAAUUCUGUCUGGGUACCAUGGCAACUGUCAAAGAACACAAAACUACAAUUAAGGUCUUGCGAACUCUGGAUACCAUGACAUCGAUUUGGUUCACGGCAGAGUUCCUCCUUCGUCUCAUUUUUUGCCCAGAUUUAAAAAGCUUCGCUCGCAAUCCAAUGAACUUGAUUGAUUUACUGGCUGUGUUGCCAUUCUAUCUCUCACUGUACCACGUGACAACACGAACUUCAUGGUUGGUUGUAAUGAGAACGCUCAGAAUCUUCCGUAUUUUCAGCCUCUCGUUUUCCUUCCAAGUUCUUUUUCACACACUAAUGUCCAGUAAAAACGAGUUGUUACUGGUUUUUAUAAGCCUCAUCGUGCCCAUAAUUCUGUUCUCCAGUAUGAUUUACUUCGCAGAGAACGAGACCAACAGCGAAAAGUUUCCCAGCAUCCCAGAAUCCUUUUGGUGGGCAAUUGUUACAGUCACUACGCUAGGGUAUGGUGACGUAGUUCCGGUCACUAAAGUAGGAAAGAUAAUCGGUGCUAUGUGCGCCAUAUGCGGCGUCAUAAUCAUCGCACUUCCGGUAUCAGUGAUUGGCAGCAAUUUCUCUUACUUUUACAUGCAAGCACGCACGCGUAUUCAGCAGCCUCGUCGGUCGACAAAGAUGCCGACACUCUCUCACGUUCCCGCCAAUUUGAUGUACAAGCGUUUGGCGCGCAGACGCAGUGGCUCGGGAGCCGAAGAAAAUGGAAAGUUACACGGGAAGUCUUUCGUAGGUCGUUCGAGCAAGAAGCGGAAAACGUCUUCACAGUAUCGGAGGAGGCCCAUCCGAAAAUCAGGGUUCGCAAGUCGAGCUAGUCAGGCCAUGGAAAUGACCUACACACCCAAACAAAACCAACAAACCGAGACCCUGGCAGAUGAGGUUUAA